UUGGUUCUGGUGGUGUCAAUGGUACUGAUCCAAAAUUGCCUCUGACUCGUUAAACUUCUCAGAUCAUCUCCAUCUUCAGCCCCAGUGCAUCAUGGGAUCUGCAGUCUUCUCCAUCCUUCUUCUCUGCCUCGGGACGUCGCUGUGUGCUGCUGUGGGCGUGGCCGGUCCAGGGGGCGCCGUGUCGUGCCCGCUGCAGUGCGUGUGUGAGACCCGACCCUGGUACACCUCUCAGUCCGUGUACCACCAGGCCCGGACGGUGGACUGCAACGAGCUCCACCUGGACAGAGUUCCAGCCAAAAUCUCCACAGACACUCAGGUCCUGCUGCUGCAGAGCAACAACAUCUCCUCCAUCAGCACUGAGCUGCAGAACAUGGGGAACCUGACGGAACUGGACCUGUCCCAGAACCACUUCUCUCAGGUGAGCUCCAUGGGCCUCUCCUCUCUGGUCCAUCUGGUCACCCUGUAUGUGGAGGAGAACCACAUCCAGGAGUUGGAGGACUUUGGUCUGAAGAACCUUACCAGCCUGGAGGAGCUCUACAUCAACCACAACCACAUCUCCUCCAUUGGACCCAAAGCCUUCGAUGGUCUCACCAACCUGCUCAGGCUUCACCUGAACUCCAACCGGCUGGUGGCCAUCGACAGCCGCUGGUUCGAGUCCCUGCCCUCCCUGGAGAUCCUGAUGAUCGGCGAGAAUCCCAUCCUCGGUCUGGAGGAGAAGAACUUCCUGCCUCUGUCUCGCCUCCAUAGCCUGGUUCUGGCCCGAAUGGGUCUGGUUUCUGUCCCGUCGGCUGCCUUCGUCGGGCUCGACUACCUGGAGAGCCUCUCCUUCUUUGACAACAAGCUACGGUCCGUACCUCGGGACGCCCUCAGUGAGCUUCCCAACCUCAAGUUCUUGGACCUGAACAGGAAUCCAAUCAGCCGGAUCCAACGAGGGGAUUUUGAAAACCUUCAGCACCUGGAGGAGCUCAGUCUGAACAACAUGGAGGAUCUGGUGAUGGUGGAACGAGCAGCUUUCCAGAACCUUCCACAGAUGACCAAACUGGAGCUGUGUAACAAUCCUCGGCUGUCCUACAUUGACCCGCAGGCCUUCAGAGACCUCCCCUCCCUGCGGACUCUCCUCCUCCUAAACAACCAGCUGAGCCUCCUCUCCGGGGACGUCCUCUCCGCGCUGCCGUCCUUGGAGGAGCUCUCUCUGCGCUCCAACCCUCUGCGGUGCGACUGCCUCUCCUCGUGGGGGCCUCACCUCGGCAACCAGUCACACCUCAAGCUGCUGGAGCCUUCCAUGACCGUCUGCUCCUCCCCCCAGCACCUGAUUGGCCGGGAAUUGCAGGAAGUGGUGGCAGCGGGAUGGGGUGGGGGCGGAGCCAACAGCUGCUUACCUCACAUCUCUCCUCACACCUUUCCGCCGAAUGUUAACGUCAGCGCGGGACGACCAAUCACGCUGGAGUGCUGGGCUGACGCUGACCCCGCCCCCCAGUUCUACUGGGUCACACCGACUGGAGACAAGGUGAGCUCCGAAGCUGUGGCUGCACCAAUCAUAUCGGAGGAGGGGCGGGGCCUGGGCAGGAUAAAGAAGGAGAAGAGGAAGAAACAUCACAUGUUUGAGCCGGGAGCUUUAGUGAUUGAAAAAGCGGAGCCUUCAGACGCAGGUGUGUACACCUGUGUGGCCUGGAACGUGGAGGGCGCAGACACCAGGAGCGUCUCCGUGGACUUUCUAGGGUCUGAAGGAGGGAGCAGCAAGCGGAGGCUGUGGGCCGGGAACUCCUCCAGCUCUGCAGCCUCUCUGGUGGUUCUGGCUAAGGUGGUCCAUGCCCAGUCGGUGGUCUUGGAGUGGAAGCUGUACUCUAGCAGAGGCGCUGUGGGUCAGAACCAGAACCAGCACGACGCUGCGCUGCCUCUGCCUCGCUGGACCAGCGCUGUGGUUCACAUCGACAACCCUCAGAUCAGCUACACCGCCAAGGUUCCAGCUGAUGUCCAGGAGUACAAUCUGACCCACCUUCUCCCUGCCACUCAGUACCACGUCUGCCUCACCGUGUCCUCCUCCCCGCCGCCCCUCCCCUCCGCCGCCGUCCACACCUCCUGCCUGAACUUCACCACCAAGGAGGCGGGAUUCUCUGUGGAGCUGGUGGCGUCCCAACCCGGUGGCGUGGCGCUGGCCGCCGUUCUGGGCUCCAUGUUCGCCCUGUCCAUCAUGACGCUGCUGGUGGUGUACAUGGGCCGCCGCGUCCAGCAGCACAAGUCCUGCGGCCAUUCGCUGAAGAAGUACAUGCAGCACACCGCGUCCAUCCCGCUGAACGAGCUGUACCCUCCUCUGAUCACGCUGUGGGAGAGCGAGGCAGAGAAGGACAAGGAGAAGGAGGAGGAGGAUGGGGAGGGGGGAGCGAGGGGGGAGGCCGGGAGGAAUCCCAUCAACACAUCCAAGACCUACAUGUGGUAGCUGGGGGUGGGGAGGCACCCCCUGGAGGGGGUUACUGUCAGCACCGACCCUACCGCUUUAGCUUCAGGUAUUAAUGGAUUUGGAUUCUGAUUGGUCCGUCACAUCUUGCUGGGCACCGUCACACUGACCAGAUCCGGUCCAAACCAGUUGGUACCGUCACACUGACCAGAUCCAGCCAAACCAGUUGGUACCGUCACACUGAUCAGAUCUGUUCCAAACCAGUUGGUACCGUCACCCUGACCAGAUUCGUUCCAAACCAGUUGGCACCGUCACACUGACCAGAUCCGGUCCAAACCAGUUGGCACCGUCACACUGAUCAGAUCCGGUCCAAACCAGUUGGUACCGUCACACUGACUAGAUCCGGUCCAAACCAGUUGGUACCGUCACACUGACUAGAUCCGGUCCAAACCAGUUGGUACCGUCACACUGACCAGAUCCGGUCCAAACCAGUUGGUACUGUCACGCUGACCAGAUCCGGUCCAAACCAGUUGGUACCGUCACACUGACCAGAUCCGGUCCAAACCAGUUGGUACCGUCACACUGACUAGAUCCGGUCCAAACCAGUUGGUACCGUCACACUGACCAGAUCCGGUCCAAACCAGUUGGUACCGUCACGCUGACCAGAUCCGGUCCAAACCAGUUGGUACCGUCACCCUGACCAGAUCCG